UUAAGCAGAGAGAGGGAUGAGGAGAGGGAAAGGGAUCAGGAGAGCCUAGUGUCCUGGGGGUGGGGGGGUUGUCUGUGUCUGGGCCCAGAUUGUUCCCAGCCAGUAAGUGGGUCGGGAUGGACCACAUGUGACUUUCAAAGGGGAAAAUUAGUUAUUUUCGCUCUCGUUUUUUUAGUUGAAAUCUUAACUUGUUUUUCUGGAGGGAGGGAGUUGUUGGUUGCUACAGAGCAUGAACAUGUAGACCAGCUGGGGUGCAGAUCGUGUGUGUUGGGGGCCGGUGGGUCGUCUGUUGGCAGGAAGGAGUAGGCAGCGGGUGAUGUGGUCAACUCUCUGUCACCAUGGGGACGGGGGGACGGGGGGGGGGGGGAGAAAGAGAGGAGGAGGAGGAAGAGAGGGGGAAGAUUAAAGACCUGGUUCUGUCUUUCUUGCCCUCCUCCCCUGCCUCAUGUUUUAUUUUCUUAAUUAUCAUUCUUCAUUAGCCCUCGCUCCACUCCGCCCCGCUCAAGACUGAUGUCAAUCAAGAGGGAGGGAGGGAGGAGUAGGGGAUUUCCAGUUGAAUUCCAGGACAUGGUUGCUUGCUUUGAGUGGGCUUUGCUAUGGGGAUCUGAUAUACAGACCACGGACAGAGAGAAAGCGGGAUAGAUGGAGAGACAGUGUAUAGUGUUGUAUUUAACCAGGGUCAGCAAGCCCUUGUUCUUUUAUGCCUCAGUUUAUUACCAGAGGCAGAGAGAAAGGGAGUGUGUUGGGGAGACUGAUCCAUGAGGUCAGUUCAGUGUCGCCCUCUAGAGGGGGGGUGUGUGUGUAAGAGGAACGUCCGUCUGUGCUGGGUAAACAGCAGAGGGGCAUUGAGUCACUGUCACAGGAUGUCCUCCUUCCCCAGUAAGAUGCACCCCCCCCCCCCCCCCCCAACACACAUAUAUAUAUAUAUGGGGGGGGUUGUUGAUAUAUACUGCCACACAAGCACCAACCCAUGUUGAGGGAAUAUGUUUUUGAGACUGAUUUGGAACUGCCAACCUUUUCUAAUUUAUUGAAGUUUAUUGAAGACUGCAAGAGAAUAAUGUUUGAAUUUAUGUAACAGUGUGUGACGGUACUUUUAUGUGCCAAUUAAUAUUGCUGUUUUUGUGGAGCAGCAAGAGCUCAUGCAUCAGGUGAAAGCGCCUGCUGUUUCCAAAGAGCAUUGUGUGUGUCUGCCACUGCUACCCUGAAUGAGCUGUGGGCGAUCAUGUUCCGCAUGGUGGUGGGCGGUCCUUGGAGAGGGGGAGUGUAGAGAGGGAGAGAAUGAGGGAGGGACCACUGACUGAAUCAACAGCUCACUCGCAUGUCAAGGGGCAGUCAGUUAAACAGAAGGCACUCACUGGAGCAGACACACUCGCUCACACACACAGCACUCACACUCUGGAGUAGCGCUUGGAUCGGAGGGGGAGAGGGUGAACUGCACCUGUCCCACACACACACGCACACACAUAAACACACUCGCCCAGGGGAUAGAUCAGUCGGCCCUAUGUGUGGCUGGGACCAAAGCUUCUCGGUGAGUACGCUACUGAACCUUAGUCAAUGGAGAAACAGAGACUUGUAGAUCUUUUUUUAUUUCCUAAAUGGUAUUAUUAGUUUUGAGAAUUUUAAUUUAAAGUUUUGUGUAUUAAAUUGGUUUUGCUUGUUGUAAUAAGAAUCAAACAAAGACUUAUCUAAAUUAAUCCAGUGGCAACAAAUAUGAAGGUUUAUUUUAUGACUUAUUUAUGUAAGUCAUAAACGUUUUCUCCUUGUUUGUCUGGCCACUCCAUUAUGCAAUGAGUUUGUUUAACUUUAUUUAAAUGCAAUCAUUUUGAUUAUUGAGAUUGUAUUUAAAUUAUAAAUUGUUAAAAGCUUAUUGCAGUUUUGUGUCCUUCAGUGGAAUUGUUUUAAUUAUUAAAAUGCUAAAAUUGUCAUUGGUCAUAGCUUGCUUAAAUUUAAACGUGUAUUUUCAAAGUCUGUUUUUAAACUAUAUCAGUAGUGUUUAUCGAAUAUUUGAACAGAAGUGUGUGUGUGUGUGUGUGUGUGUGUGAGAGAGAGUUGAAUAAAUCAGUUGCUUUGGCCAGGUUCUCAGUUUCAGUAUUACUUUUGCCCAGCUGUUAUAGAAAUACUCCUUUAUUAUCAGGAACAGCUUUUGACUAGUGUUUGGUAUUAUAUUUAUCUAUAUAUUUAAAUCCCUUUUUAAAAGAUUCAUGAAAUCAAUGUCCAAUAAAUAAUAUCACAAUAUUAAUAAAUAUUAAAUAGUUUGAAAUUAUAUACUCUACAUUGAAACGGAAUAUCCUAGUUUGUUGUAUUAUAAUUUCAUGUAUGUAAUUAUUUGGGGUAUUGUUUGUAGUACAAUUUGUUUUAAAGUAAUGUUGGAAAAGCAUUUGAGAAUGAUUUGUUGUUCUGUUACUCUUCUGGAAGUUCAUUAAUUACACUAGUCUCCUAGGAACCUGUUUUGUUGGCUUGAGUGAAUUUUGUUGAGUAUAGGGUCAUGUUUAAUUUGGUCAAGGUUUGGGGAAUUUUGUCAAGCUUUUAGUUGUGGUUUAGUUUUGGAAAUUGUUGGAGGGUUGAGUAGAUUUCUGUAUGGGUUGGAGUUAUGGUAAAUUUUUCCUGAAUUAUAUGUGAGCGAGUGACGGCGUAUAAGGUUGCACUUCAGUCUCUCAUCGGCCUUGAAAUUUGACAAUCUUUGUGGCGUAUGAUAAUUUAUUCUACUGACACUGUUCUUUGCGUGGGACAAGGAUGUGUGUGUGUGUGUGUGUGGUCUUGGGUGGGGAGCGUUUGAAGUUUGUUUGUGCUGCUGUGGCCCCCCAAAUGGAAAAGUUUGGCACUCCCUCCCCACUGUCCCACACACACACUUGGGGAUGAUUUGCCGGUUCCGCUGCUUCCAAUUUUAACUCCAUUCAGACGCAGACAGGACUUCCUUCCUCCGCCUUCCCUUGUUUGUGACUCUUUUUCCACCCUGGGGAGAGAGAGAGAGAGAGGGAGAGGGACGGUGAGAGAGCAUAAGGGAGAGGGCGAUAAAGAAAGAAACAGGAGGAUUAAGAGACUGAUGUUGACAGUUUGACAAGGAUGGAGACUGAAGAAGGGAAGGCUGGAGAGUUGGACGGAGAGGGAGAAGGGUCCAGAGGGAAUGAAGAGAGUGAGGGAGGGUAGAGAGACCGAGGCGAGGGGUAGCGUGGCUAGCCCUGACCUUAUGCCAGCUUACAUAGCCCACGGAAUGGACUCGCAUCUUCGCUGCCAUUGGUCAGUCCGUCUCAGCCUAUCUGCACAGUCAUUGGUCAAUCUGUCUUGCCCUGAGACACUAGCCGGAUCAGCAUACAGUAUAUAACACACACAUACUCUUGGGUCACAACUCAUCUGUAAUAAAAAAAAAAAUGAAUAGACUUUUCCCUCUGGAUUCAAUAAGUGUAUUUUUAUUUAUUUCAUUUAACUUAUUUGAAUAGAGUUGAUGAAAGUUUCCCUCUGUUUUAAGUAUAGAGUAGUGGGGAUCGGACUGUGUCCUUGGCUAGAGGCUAGUGGGGUUGGUCGACAGUGGCUCUUGUUCCCACAGAGAGCGCACAGACACAGUCUGCUUAGUCAGCCAGUCUCAAAGGAAUUCGCCACUCACUGACUCAUACUUGAUAAUAAUGCUGCCUCUCUCUUUUUUUUCUCCCCCUUGUCUUUCUUUGUUGUCUUUAUCUCAUCUCCCCCCUUCUCAAUUUUUUCCUUGUCUUUGUCUGUUUCUCUUGAUUUUAUUUCUCACUCGCGCUCUCUUUCUCCCUUGUAUCGGUUUCCUUUUCUCUCUCUCAGGCUACCUCUCAUAGCUCAGCCAUGUUGACUACUGAGGGGGCCCACACCGUAGAGCACAACGACGUCAAAAUGGACUCAGAACCCCAUAGGGACACGGAAACCCAGAUGGACACGGGAUCCAAAAUGGCCACCGACACAGACUCUAAGAUGGAGGUGGACAUAAUGAAGUGGACGGAGGCAGAGUUUGAGGAGAAGUGUACCUACAUCGUCAAGGAUACGCCCCAGGAGGCGGGGACAGAGAGCGAGGGGUUAACGAGAGCAGAGGCCUCGCUGCCCCGUAACCUGGCCUUUAAACAACUAGCUGAUUCCAAAGAGGUAGGAGGACACACACACACACACAUAUAUAUAUAUAUAUAUACAGACACACACACCAUCUGUAAACCCAUACAAACUCACGUGACUCAACCGUAGGUCAUAUAUAUAAAAGCAGGAGAAGUCUUAGCCAGGGAGGAUUGUGGUGAGGAGUGUGUCUCGUUGUAAAAGAUCACACACUGGAGCACGGCGACGACCUGUGUGUGUUGUAGGAGUGGUGUGUAAACCCUGUCUGGAGGGGAAUUCACACACACACACACACACACACUCUUGAGGUGUGAUGCAGGUUGCUACAGAGCCUCCGCAGUGAGAAAUGAGCUCCCACCCAUCCAUGAAGAGUCAUUAAUCAUACUUAGCCCUGCUGUUGAUGGGAGCUUCACCAAUACAUCCUGAUAAAACCAUUUUCCCUACCUGUCUCUGUGUGUCUAUCCCUCUGUUCUCCAACUUUGUCGCUCUGUCUCUUCUUUCCCCUAGAGGGCGCACUAGUCAGUCCCACACUAGACCAGACCCAGCUCUCCAUACCUACCUACCUACCUACCUCUGUCCAAACAUCAACCUCUUGAACUCAGACAACCCAAACUGAUCCCCAUUCAGUCUAACCGUUGAACCCUGUAGAAUAGGUGUGAAGAGGGGUCAUGAGAUUAGGUGGGGAGCGUGUUGCGUUUUGUGGUUUUAACCUGAUCAAGACCACAUGAUUUGGUUGCAAUGAAUAGAUUUUCUCGUCAUUGCUCAUCUGUUUCUUAUCACCCUGUGUGUGUGUGUGAGUGAGUGAGUGUUUCCCACCACGUUUGUUUACGACCUGAUACGGUAUCAGUCAAUAUUUAUCACCUUCACAGAAGCAACCACUAAGAUUGAUAGAGAAAAUCAGAAAGAGGAAAAUGAGAGAGGAUGUGGAAAGAGUAUAGCAUUACCAGUGAUCAAAGGAUAUUGACAUAGUCAUUUAGGGAGUAUUGUAAAGUCAGUUAAUAAGUUAUCUUCAAAACACCCCUAAUCUUGAGACGUGGUCUGGCCCUGGGGUGGAAAUGGGAAGGGGGAUUUCCCAAUCCUUUAGGGGGGGGGGGGGGGGGGGGUGUUUGUGUAGGAUAUGCAUGAAGGGGAUAAGGGUGUGUGUGUGUGCAAAUGUAGACUGUGUAGGGGGUUGGGUGAAUACAUCUCAGUUAUAUCAAAGUUUAUCGUGGUUAGGAGAUUAGCUGAAAGUCUAGGUUUGAUAAUCCCUCUUUUUCAGACAGAUGUGCUUCCUUUGCUUUUCUUCCUUCCUCCCUCUAGUUCAAGUUUUCUCGCUCUCUUUAAUGUCAAUUGUUUUGAAAGGAACAACAGCGAUUUAAUAUCAGGUGUGGAUAUCUUUCUCCUUUAAGGUGAACGGUCUAUUGAGAUAAUGAGUUAUUUUGAUGUGGUAGGGUGCGUUGUGUGGUUAGCAGAGUGGGUGUCAUCAAGGGUGUCAGAGGGAGUGGCCCUGUGGUCAAUUAGAAAGGAACAGAGACAAGGUGAGGCGAGAAGGGGGAGAUGCUUUGUGGCAUAACCUGGGUGAGAUGGAGGAAAUUGAACUCUGUCCCUCAGGGUGUCUAACUCUUCCUGUUCAUGCUGGAUAAAGUUUAGGUGUGUGUUUGCCUAUGUUCACACACUUAAAACGCACACAGCAUAUGCGGCUUGAGGAAAAAGUGUAUGACAGUCAAAUUUCCAGCCUAGGCCACUGAUUGUUCUAGUACAGAGUAGUAAUUAUACACAUAUACAUACACACACACACAGAGAGGCAGCCUUGUUUGUUGAUUUGAUCAUGAUGAUGGGUUCUUCCGGCCGUCUUCAUGUGAAGUCUGUGACCUCCUGGCAGGAUGUGAUAACGUAAAUCCUCUAACCACAGAACACACACACACUUCCACUCAGACACACACACUCCAACUAAUGGUCUUUAUCUCUGUCCUGUAGGUGAUUGGAGUGGCCAGCAGAGAGUACAUCCCCAAAGGAACACGCUUCGGCCCCCUGGUGGGUCAGAGCUACACUGCAGACAGCGUCCCCAAAGACACCAACAGGAAGUACUUCUGGAGGGUGAGUGGUUUUCCCUCCUGUCCACUAACAUGUGUGCGCACACACACAGAGAACGAGCACUUCACUUUCAGUAAAAGACAGCCACAGAGGAAGAAAAACAACCAUAGGUCAUUUCCUGUUCCACUGACUGACUUAGUGACGUCAUGGCCGGGGUCUCUGUGUUCUGAAGAAGUUUGUGUGUGUGGAGACAAAGGAGAAGGGGUUUUCUCUCGAAUCAUUCUGAGAGUGAGGCUCUCCACUGUGUGUGUGUGUGUGUGGUACAUCCUGUGAGUAUGCAGUUUUUAUACGCAUACUUGUCUCAGACACACACACACACACCCUCAACGCCUAUUUCAUCAUGAUAAAUUUACUGGGUAAAGCCUGCUGUUCAAUAGUGGUUGUCUGCUCUGUAAGCAGCUAGUACAGUAUGAACUGUAGUGGAACAACUGAGGGGGAAUAUGAUGUCACUUGUACACAGGAACAGUGCUACAGUGUGUCAUUGUUCCUGGAAGUGACAGUAUAGCACUCGUACCCCCCCCACAUACACACAGGCACUCACACACUCACCUAGAUUCAACAACAUCCCAAAGCAAUGUGUUCAUUCAUGUCUCUCGCUCAGGCAAGCCACAACAACACAGAGUUAUAGACCUCACUCUCGCUCUCUCGAUGAUGUUGAUGGCCACAAUCAGAUAGGAGAGAGAGAGUGGUCUGAGUGGAGAAAGGGGGAGAGAUUCAGAAUGAGUGUUGGUGACAUUGUCGGCGUGACGUACUCUCUGACUCAACUCUUUUGGACAUGUAUAAGAGAGGAGAGGCUCCUACUCGUCUGUCUGUCUCUCCAUCCCUCAGUCUGUAUAACUGGCUAUAACGUCUGGAGUGGAGUGUGGGGAGGGAGGUGUGAGAUGGAGAGAUUUAACGAGUCACAUUAAUGAUAUUACACAACACUGCCGAAAAUAUGAUUUGUCAACAUAUUUAGUCUUUACUCUGUUUUUCUGGAGCUUUCUAACUUGCCAUUGAGACUUCCUUGACCGUUAACCUUUGACCAUUUCCUUACUCUCCGUCCCCUCAGAUCUACUCGGAGGGCAACUUCCACCAUUUUGUGGACGGCCUGGACGAGGAGCGUUCUAACUGGAUGCGCUAUGUCAACCCGGCCCACUCGGCAGGGGAGCAGAACUUGGCGGCGUGCCAGAAUGGCAUGAACAUCUACUUCUACACGGUGAGAGCCAUCUCCCCUGGCACCGAGCUGCUGGUGUGGUACUGCCCCGAGUUCGCCCACCGCCUCCACUACCCGCCCUCUGGAGAGCUCAUGAUGCAGAAACUUAGUAAGUCCUAUCAUAUGAAACCUUAUUACAUAGAUGUUAUACCAUAGUAAUAACACUGUAAACUGGAAGUUAUAUAAUGAUAAUCAUAUACUGUAUGCAAUGCUUUAUUACAUAUUAAUAACACUGUAUCCUUGGAAGUAUAGUGUACUAUUGGUAUUAUGUUGAUGAACUCCAGUUCUAUACCUUUCUAUGGUCGUCUUGAAUGUGUGUGUGUGAGUGAUUUUAUUUAGCACCUACCUACUCAGUGUUGGUGUGUGCCGUGAGAGUGAAUAUAUUUGUGAGAACCUGACAGUGUUUCUGAGGGGAGCCAUGUCUCCUUCCUCUCUGAACAUCCGCCUGUCAUUAACACACGCACACAGAGGGCCUCGACCUUUGAUCUCUGUCAGCGCCACUAUUUUGUGUGUGUGGUCAUUCUAGUCAUAAAUACAGUGAAUCCUUUAAAUGCAAAUAUGAAUACGUGUGAGGGAGCAAAAAAAAAAGAGACUGAGACAGAUUAUAGAUUGGGGUGGGGGGGGAGUGAGCGAGAGCGCCAGACAGACUGAGUUAGAAGGGGAGGGAGGGAGGAAGGUAGGUAGGGAUGGGAGGAAGGAAGGAGCCACAUUCUUCCUCCAGGUGUGUGGUAGGUAGUGACUCAGUUCCCAGAGAGAUGCGCAUCUCCUAGGGCAGAGAGACACAGGGGCCUGGGCCCCCUCAUGGUACUGGCCCCUACUCUCUCUCUAUGGCCCCUGUCAUUAAACCACCCCACUACCGCAGGGCCCCCUGUUGACCUGGGAAUUACAUCAUACUCACCUCUCUUUCUGUUUUUCUUCUCUCUGUCUCUCGGUCCGUCUCUCUCCCCUAACGCAGUCAUAGUAGAACCAGACGUGUGUGUGUGUGUGUGUGUUUGGUUAUGUGUGAGUCAGCAGAACUGGCUGGUCUGAAAUGACUGAACUGGAGCUCUUCUCCCACUCGCUCUCCCUCUUUGUGUGACAGCUGUUUUCUUUCUCUGCGUGUGUGUGUGUGUGUAAGCAUGUAACAAUCAAUGUACCUUCCUUAGAACAACGACAAGCUUUGCACAGACAAAUGGCACCUAUUAGCAUUUUCUGUUCUAAAUGUGUGUGCGUUCAAAUACAUACUAUCCUACUCACAGCCUCUCCCUAAAUGCACACACAUAUACCAGUAGAGGCAUUUCAUUCCAACACACACUCUCACUCUUUUUAAAAUCUCAAACGUGUUUGUGUGUGAUGUGCUGACGGCUCCUUGGCCCUUCUCCCUAAUUUAUUUGGCACUUUAAAAGUGGAUGGAGAGAGGAAGAACAGCGUCUCCUCUAUUGACUACUUGAACUUCCUGGUGGCGGGGCCGUGCUGACAGAUUGAUAUCUCCAAGAUGGCCGCCCUGUUUGUUUUCUGAAAGAAAAGAGGGGAAAGAGGAAGGCUGAGAGUGGUGAUAUCUGAGGGGGAGGACAGGGAGGAGGAGAGGGGGAGGCACUGAUAACCUCUGUGUUUACACACUGCCGCUGUACUGGUGUGGGGUCACAGAGUGUGUGUGUGUUGGUUGAAAAUCUGUUGAGUAAUUCUGAGUUCUGGAAAGUUUGAAAUGUAUAUACAGUGGGGAGAACAAGUAUUUGAUACACUGCCGAUUUUGCAGGUUUUCCUACUUACAAAGCAUGUAGAGGUCUGUCAUUUUUAAUCAUAGGUACACUUCAACUGUGAGAGACGGAAUCUAAAACAAAAAUCCAGAAAAUCACAUUGUAUGAUUUUUAAGUAAUUCAUUUGCAUUUUAUUGCAUGACAUAAGUAUUUGAUACAUCAGAAAAGCAGAACUUAAUAUUUUGUACAGAAAGGGAUUUUGGCUCACUCCUCCAUACAGACCUUCUCCAGAUCCUUCAGGUUUCGGGGCUGUCGCUGGGCAAUACGGACUUUCAGCUCCCUCCAAAGAUUUUCUAUUGGGUUCAGGUCUGGAGACUGGCUAGGCCACUCCAGGACCUUGAGAUGCUUCUUACGGAGCCACUCCUUAGUUGCCCUGGCUGUGUGUUUCGGGUCGUUGUCAUGCUGGAAGACCCAGCCACGACCCAUCUUCAAUGCUCUUACUGAGGGAAGGAGGUUGUUGGCCAAGAUCUCACAAUACAUGGCCCCAUCCAUCCUCCCCUCAAUACGGUGCAGUCGUCCUGUCCCCUUUGCAGAAAAGCAUCCCCAAAGAAUGAUGUUUCCACCUCCAUGCUUCACGGUUGGGAUGGUGUUCUUGGGGUUGUACUCAUCCUUCUUCUUCCUCCAAACACGGCGAGUGGAGUUUAGACCAAAAAGCUCUAUUUUUGUCUCAUCAGACCACAUGACCUUCUCCCAUUCCUCCUCUGGAUCAUCCAGAUGGUCAUUGGCAAACUUCAGACGGGCCUGGACACGCGCUGGCUUGAGUAGGGGGACGUGGCGUGCGCUGCAGGAUUUUAAUCCAUGACGGCGUAGUGUGUUACUAAUGGUUUUCUUUGAGACUGUGGUCCCAGCUCUCUUCAGGUCAUUGACCAGGUCUUGCCGUGUAGUUCUGGGCUGAUCCCUCACCUUCCUCAUGAUCAUUGAUGCCCCACGAGGUGAGAUCUUGCAUGGAGCCCCAGACCGAGGGUGAUUGACCGUCAUCUUGAACUUCUUCCAUUUUCUAAUAAUUGCGCCAACAGUUGUUGCCUUCUCACCAAGCUGCUUGCCUAUUGUCCUGUAGCCCAUCCCAGCCUUGUGCAGGUCUACAAUUUUAUCCCUGAUGUCCUUACACAGCUCUCUGGUCUUGGCCAUUGUGGAGAGGUUAGAGUCUGUUUUGAUUGUGUGUGGACAGGUGUCUUUUAUACAGGUAACGAGUUCAAACAGGUGCAGUUAAUACAGACACAUCAGUGGACACACACACACACACACAGAGAGAAAGAUUCGUGACCCUCUAGUAAAAGUUCAAUGGGUAGUAAAUGGAUGGGAUUAUUGAUGUCCACUCUAAAGCCCGACUUUGAUGGAGGUUUAACAGGUGAGGAUGUGCUAACCUACAUGCAGAGGCUUUUAGCGUGUGUAGCCUGGAAGCGCUUGCAGUAAUCCCAUCUCUCAUCAUGUGGAGGUGACAGUAGGUGCGAGGGAGGAGGAAGCUCUCCCAGUUGACCUUUAACCUGGAAACAAUAGCAAACAAGAAGGAAUCCUGGGUGGUUGUUUUUACUUCUACCUAAAGAACUGAUAAAAGUCCAAAGGUGUAGGAUAGGAAAAGUGUGUUUUUGUGUUAAUGGAACGUGAUUGAAGGGUCCUUCUUUGGGUCGUGAGUGUGCAUGCUGGAGAAGAUGAGAGAACCUAUCAAACAAAGGCCUCUUUGUCAGGAAGUGUCAGUGUGUGUGUGUGUGAGAGAGGGAGAGAGACAGGGGGAGAGGGCAGGUUGAGGCCAAACUUUGGAUAGGAAACUUUCAAUCAGCCCUGCCCCAUUUGGAUUUUAUCUUGAUUUUUAUCUGCCCCUAGACCACCUCCCCUACAGACACACACACCCUGCCCAGAGGCAGCUGUCACGCCUCACUUCCUGUCUUUUAGCCCCCCAUGAUCGUUCGUCAAAUCUGUCGCUCUAAUUGGACCACAGGGUUACCGUGUUCCUAACCCCUCCUCCCCCCGCACACGCUCUACAGCUGAAAGACCAUUAUUUCUCCUAAGCUAAAGACAUGUCUAGAUAAGUUUUUCUUCCUGUGUGCACUUUAAAAUGCUCCUGACACCAAGUCAAAGGGAAAUGUGGUCUUCAGUCAGAGGGAGAAAAGUGUGUCUGACCUCUCUCUCUCUCUCUCUCUCUUUACAGAGCAGUCUCUGCUGGAAGCCAAGCAGCAGGCCAGUGAAGGAGCGUGUCAGCAGCAGCAGCGCCCCAGUCAAGAGAGAACACAGUGUCUCCUCCAUCCUCAGGGGCCCCACCACCUCCAGCAAGAGGGAGCCCAGCCGGCCCCUGUACCCCCGCCCCCUCUACCCCCCACUCUGCCCCCACCCUCAUCUAACAGAAGAGUUUCUGAGUCUGAAGACCAGCCCGAUACAGUUUGGUUACCCAGCAAUCAGAUCACCAGGCAACCAAUCGUCGGCGACCCCGAGUCCAUCGGCGAGGAGCAGUCCGGAGAGUAGCCCCCACGGUAGCCCUGCAGCUCCCCAACCCACACGCCCAUCCUCCUCAUUCUACCCCCGAGGGUUGGGUCCUUUCCCAGGCUAUUCUCCGCCAGCCGCCCCCCUUUCCUCGCCCUUCUACCCUCCCGGCCCCCACUACUCCCGCUACAUGCUGCCUCACCACUACUCACUACCUGGGGGUGGGGUGCCCGCUGUCGGAGGCAUGUUCCCAAGAAUGUACCCUCUCUACAGCAGCCUGCUGCCACCCCACAUGCCCCUGUUGCCUGGGGAGGCGGGGAGAAGGUUCUUACUGCCUGACUCCUCCCACCCCUCAUUCUCCACCCACAGGGACUUCCUCCUCCCCGCCUCCACCAGUGCCUUCUCGGCCGCCACCUCCCUCAAGGACAAGGCCGGCCCCCACUACCCCCAUCACCCCUACCCUGGCCAUGCCCAUCCUCACCCCCACGGGCACCCCCCCCCAACCAGUGGCUCCCCUACAGCGGGCACAGCGCCCCCUAGCGAGCGUGUGCCCACCAAGCCUACCUCAGCCCUGCUGGGCAGCGCCAGCGGCCGGCCAGAGGAGGAGGCCAUCAACCUGAGCAAGAUGAAGCGUGGUGGUGGUGGUGGUGGCUCUACAGGCUACAAGACACUGCCUUACCCACUCAAGAAGCAGAACGGCAAGAUCAAGUAUGAGUGUAACGUCUGCAGCAAGACCUUCGGCCAGCUGUCUAACCUCAAGGUGAGACUCGAGACAUUCUGUUCGCGCCCUUCAUUCCAUGCAUCCAGACUACUUUGUGUUCCCUUGCAUUGAACCCAACUGACGUAGUGUUGUGUCCCUCCUGUGUGUAGGUGCACUUGCGUGUCCACAGCGGUGAGCGACCCUUCAAGUGUUCGACCUGCAGUAAGGGCUUCACCCAGCUGGCCCACUUGCAGAAACACUUUCUGGUGCACACUGGAGAGAAGCCCCAUGAGUGCUCGGUAAAGACCACCACCAAUGCUAUGCUAGCUGCUUAGUCUGUUAAGCUAGCUAGCUAGCUGCUGCAUACAUAAGCAACGCUGAACUUCCUCCUCUAACCCUUCACUUGUCCUCUUUCCCCCAGGUGUGCCAUAAGCGCUUCAGCAGCACCAGCAACUUAAAGACCCACCUGCGCCUCCACUCGGGUGAGAAGCCCUACUCGUGCAAGCUCUGCCCUGCCAAGUUCACCCAGUUCGUCCACCUAAAGCUGCACAAGCGCCUUCACUCCCGCGAGCGGCCACACAAGUGCCCCCACUGCCACCGCCACUACAUCCACCUGUGCAGCCUGCGGCUACACCUCAAGGGCUACUGCCUGGUUGCGGUCACCUCCUCAGGUGGCCCCACCCCCAGCCCCUCCACCCAGGAAGAGCUCCAGCGCAUCAACGAGGAGAUUGAGCGCUUCGACAUGAGCGACCACGCUGAGAGGCUGGACCAGCUUCAGGGAGGGGUUGAGGUCGAGGCUGUCCUGGAGAAGCAGGUCCUGGGGAUGCUGUGGAGGGAGAUGGACCUCAAGACCUCCGGCUACCACCACCACAAGGGCGGCGCCAGCGAGCUCCAGUCUACAGGUUACAAACUGUACAAUUCAGUCAAUGAGACGUCGGUUAUCAAACUGCGCCGAAGCAGUCCACUUCUUCCCUCCAACGUCACGAUCAAGCAGGAGUCAGAGGAACUGGCU